AUGUGUACUGCUUCCACAGAUAUGCUUGGCAGCGAAACCCUUGAAAGUGACCCAGCCUAUGAAUCAGCAGCAGAGACCUACUACGCUGCUUGUAUGAACACAGGUCAAAUUGAGGAAAGGGGAGCUAAGCCUUUGUUAGAACUGAUCAGCACAGUAGGUGAUUUCCCUGUUAUGAAUAACACUUGGAAAGAGAGUGAUUUUAAUAUUGAAGAUAUAGUUAUCAAGUUAUACGAAUUAGGUCUGAUGCCCUUCAUGACUUUGUAUGUGGAUCCAUUUAAAAGAGGCCCAAAGAAAAUGUUCUCAAUAGAUUUUCCAUACCAUCUUUUGACCGCCAGAAACGAUUCCAACCACCAGGAAUUUAUGAUGAAAGCGCUACAGCUUCUGGGUGCAGAUGAAACGGUUCUAGGAACUGAUUUUGAAGCGAUGAAAGAUUUCAAGGAUGCUAUUGUCAAGGCGCUAUACAACCAAUCAGCUUCAGUUGCUUACCCGCUUUCAAUUGAUAAGUUACAAGAGAAAUAUAAUUGGCUUGAUUGGCUUAAAGUAUUGAAAGCGAUUGGGGCAAAAGGAAAUGUCGUCAUUGAAUCGACGGACACAGUUUUCUUAGAGCGAGACUGGUAUUUAGAUCAGCUGGCAGAUAUACUGAACUCUACAUCUAAAAGAGCUAUGGCUAAUUACAUGAUGUCGUGUCUGCUAACGUUUAGCGAUCUCCUGGACAAUCGUUUCAGGGAGUUAACUGAAAAAUAUCCUACAAAUGGAUUGAAAAUACCUACUAAUGAAAGAUGGAAGAUAUGUGUAAAAGCUACGGAGGAGAAACUUCCAGAGGCUGUGGGUCGGAUGUAUGUGAAUAAAUACCUCAGAAAAAAGGAUAAAGAUUUCGUUACUGAUAUGAUCAAAGAUAUCAAAACGACGUUUCAUGAGAUAUUGGAGAAAAAUGCUUGGCUGUCCAACGAAACAAAGGCACGAGCACAGACUAAAAUCUUCCAGCCCGGAUACAAAAGUCUCGGGUUCUUCGAUCUGUCUAUGCUGAUGGUAAAAAACAAAGCACUGGAAAAUUUAAAUAUCUUGGCAGGAGAUGUAGAAAAUGAGAAAUGGCUCACAUCCACAUCUGUCGUUAACGCUCAUUACCAUCCUCGAUCCAACAGCAUGUAUAUUCUAGCUGGUAUCUUCGAAGAACCAGCGUACUACCCUGAUGGCACAAGUUGCAUCGUUAAACUAGCGGCCGUUUAA